AUGGCAGGGGGCAGUAAACAUCCUCUUCGUCGACUGCUUCCAGCACAUACACCCGUCAGUGCCGAUAGUAUGGAACACAGCAAUGAGCAAGCGGAGUCCACGUCCACAGUCCUUCACUUGGCGGGCGUACAGACCCAGGUGCCAGUCCUUGAGACCCAGCCCGACAAGGACCAACCCCAGGUGCCUGGCUACACCACAGUGGAUGAUGCCGGCAACGACGGUGACGACACGAUCCACCAACCGAUCAAGUUCUACAAUGUGCCAAAUGUGAUCGGUACCAACGUCAGCUUCGCGAAACCUGAAUAUGCCCAACCAUUCGAACCGGAGAACGUCAACUAUCUGCCAGUGCAUAUCAACGAACCAGAAACCGUGGAUCUGAUCUACAACGACUUCAUCCAGAACUGGAUCCUACUUGCGCUGAGAUAUCUUGGUGAGAAAAGGGAGGUGGCUGACACGGAGUCGGCACUGCAGGGCAAGCCUAUGACCGAUGUCAUCAGUGACUGA